AUGUUUGUUCCGGCAUCGAAAACCUGUGGCCGGUUGGUAAUCACAGCUGAAAACCCCAAGUGGGAAGUUGAGGAAAUGCCGAUAAACAGAGUAAUGGGGGACAUGAUCAUGCUGCCGACAGGAGAUGUACUCAUCAUAAAUGGCGCGGCAAAAGGAACAGCCGGUUGGGGAGUUGCUAGAGAACCGGUUUUAAGCCCUGUUCUCUACAAACCUUGGCAUGCAACGCCAUCCCGGUUCGAGGUCCUCACUCCUACGACUAUACCUCGCCUCUACCAUUCAUUGGCGCAUCUGUUAUCCGACGGUCGUAUUCUCGUCGGCGGCAGCAACCCGAACGCCAACUAUAACUUCACAGCUCUCUACCCAACUGAGCUGAGCCUCGAGGCUUUCUCUCCGCCGUACUCGUCGAAGUCGAGGCCGGUGAUAAGCUCCGUGCGGCCGGGGUGGGAGUUGGGUUACGUCCAGAAAUUUUACGUGGGGUUUAGGUUGAGUUAUGAAGCAGAGAAGAUCUAUGUGACGAUGGUAGCUCCAUCGUUUACUACUCAUUCAUUUGCUAUGAACCAGAGGUUGUUGGUGUUGGACAUGGGCCAUGUGAGUAAGGGCAAGACUAAUAAACCUGCAAAUUCUAAAAAUAAUCACUACUACAGUGUUGAGAGCUAUGCACCUGCGAGGCCGGAAUUGGCACCACCUGGUUACUAUUUGUUGUUUGUGGUGUGUGAUGGUGUACCAAGUAAAGGAAUGUGGGUUCGGAUCAAGAAGUAG